UGGUUGAAAAUGGAUCGAAGUUGGAUGUAUGGUAGUAAACGAUUUUCUACAAGGUUCUUACAAGGGAUUCAAGAGUUCAGUAAGGAACCUACCUCCUGCCGGCUAUACUUGUUGAUAAACUCAGAGAAAGUCUUUGUUGCCUUUGGUACUAUACAUCCGGAAUUGACUCUUGAUCACCAUAACAACCUCGUUGCCGAUAACGUGAAGGUGAGCGUUGAUGAAUUUGAGCCCGCGUAUAAAGAAGCUUCAGUCCCCGUGCCUUCUCAAUUUAUAAAGAAACUUGGACAAGCUCUUGGUACUUUCACUCAGUGGCCAACAAAUUUGGUUUCGCUUGUGACGAGUCCUGAGGUAAAUGAGCCUGCAAGAAAAGAGCCUAACGAGAAAAGGGCUACAAGCAAAGAGCCUAAAGGGAAAGAGGUAAUGGUUGAAAGUCAACGCGAGACAAAAGGGUCCAACACUAAGGCAAACAAACAAUUUCUUCCCAAAUUUAGCUCGCAAAAAUUGGGAGUUCAGUGCAAUUGUAUGAAAACUAUGGUUUCUAAAUUAAAAGAAGGGGAGGAUGUUAAGUUGCAAGCUAGUAAAAGGGGAUUCAAUUUUGACAACGACCGUGAACUUAUUAUCGCCGUUGAAGACAUCAAUCAACUUCUCUCGGGAGCAUGGCUCAAUAUAUCGAUAUUGCAAGUUCUUAUACUGGCUUUAUAUGAGUCGUGGGAUGAAUUUGAUCAUUCUACCAAUGCUUUGGGAUUCAUGUGCCCGGAGAUGAUCUCGGAAACCAUGUUGUAUAGUGAUAUAAAUCGUGUUCUAUUAUACAUGUCGCAAUCCAUGGCAACACUCAGUUCUAAGUCAUUCAUCUUAUGUCCAUACUUCGAAAAGAGGCAUUGGAUUCUUUUAGUUAUUUGCUUGGCUAAAUCUCAGGUCUACAUAUUUGAUUCUAUGCAGAAGAAGAGAAAUUUGAUGAUUAAGAACCAAUUGAACCUGGCUUUUCGGACUUACAAGGCACAAAAUGGAAAAUCUAAAGGAACUAAAUUGAAUUGGAUUGCGGCACAGUGUCCUCAACAACCGGGAUCACUAGAGUGUGGCUACUACGUCAUGCGUUUUAUGUACGAUAUAUUUACAAAGCAUCGUGAUAGUCAAGAUCUUACUACGGAUUAUUCAAGAACAAAGCCUUUUUCAUUCGAGGAGAUUAAUGAGGUUAAAGAAUUUUGGGCUGAUUACUUUUUGACCAAUUCCGAUGUAAAUCUAGCUAGCUAGUUUGUUGUAAUAUUGGUUUGUUAGGUUCGUUAUCAACAUGUUGGUUGAACGAUAUGAUAUGAUGGAUUGCCUUUUAAUGGGGUUGUAAAACUAUAUUUGACAGGUGCAUGUAUUAUAAUUCCCGAUUAUUGGGAAGUGUUAUAUUACAAAGGAGAUUCUGUCAAAAUUUUCAACUA